AUGGAAAAUAUGGAUAUCUUUUCAAAUGCUACCAACCGCCUUACUCGUUCAGUCCUCGGGGUAUACAAUCGUUCUUUCGGUACUCAUGCAAUGCUCACCCCGGCUGAACCGCGUAGUUUCGGUCAGCCUACUCCUGAAACACACCCUCAUUUGAUGAAACCGGGUGAAACCACACCAGGUAUUAAAGCCGUAGAGUACGAGUUACGAAGAGCAAUGUUAAUGGAUAGAUUAUCAGAGAACAGCGUUGCAGUUUCAUUAGGAUAUCGCAUGCGAUAUAUGUCAAACAAAGCUAUGGAAUCAGCAAGAUUCAAUUCGAAGAUCAAAGAUAUAAUUAAAAAUUAUAAAGAUAUUUAUAUUGAUCUCCCUCCUCGUACCAAUAUUCUUUCAACUGAUAACGUCCAAAAGAAUAUAGUUCGAAAUUAUGUAAAACCAUUGAGUCGAAUAAUUCAAGAGUUAAGGCUGAUCAAGAGCGAUUCUGAAAUAGCAUUGAUGAAAAAAAGUGGUGAAAUUGCCGGCAAGGCAUUUAUCCAAACGAUGAAAUUUACAAAGCCUGGAUUAUCAGAACACGAUUUAUAUGCUAAAAUAGAUUUUGAAUGUCGCAUUCAAGGCGCACAGUCUCUUGCUUAUGUUCCUGUAGUAGCAGGAGGGAUUAAUGCACUAACAAUGCAUUACGUGAGAAAUGAUAUGAUAUUGCAGGAUGGUGAUCUUGUUUUGUUAGAUGCAGGUGGUGAAUAUUGUGGUUACGCAAGUGAUGUUACUAGAACAUGGCCUGUAAAUGGAAAAUUUACACAACCUCAGAAAGAGUUAUAUGAAGCAGUCUUAAAUGUGAACAGGAGAUGCAUCAAGCUUUGUACAGAAGCUGAAAACAUCUCAUUGAAUGGAAUACAUGAAAUUUCGGUUGAAUUCAUGAAAGAAGAAUUAUUGAACAUUGGAUUUGAUCUUGUUGAAGGGGAUAUUGAACGCGUUUUAUACCCUCAUCAUGUUGGUCAUUAUCUUGGACUCGAUGUUCAUGAUACUCAUUAUAUCGAUCGUUCACGGAGAUUGUCGCGUGGAAUGGUUAUAACUAUUGAACCUGGUAUAUAUAUUCCACCGAAUGAAGCCUAUCCCAAGAAAUACCAUGGUAUGGGAAUACGUAUUGAAGAUAAUGUUGUAGUCGGAGCUACAGAUCCUAUUGUAUUAAGUUCAACUACACCCAAGGAGGUUAUUGACAUUGAAUAUUGUAUGGCUAAUUCAUGA